CCCUCCUCCGUUCUGUCCUCGUCGCCGCCGUCUCUCAAGGGCAUCAGGUGCUGGUGCUGACGUUUGAUGUUCCUGAUCAAUGGUUUAAAGGGUUAGAAGGCCUGAGGGUGGAGGACUAUACCCAUCUUGUUGGGUACGAGCCCUCCGAAGAGCCAGCAGAUCCCUCAGUAUCAGCUCUCGCAGCACUCGAAUCCCUACCCCCAGGAUCAGCAACGCUUGCUCUCGUUGGGCUUGAUCUGCUCCCUCUCGCAAGAGGAUACAAGCUCGCCAAGACCCUCUUCACCCACCUAUCCGUCCGCCAGCGGUCCCGCAUGCUUAUCCCGCUCUCUUUACACUCCCAGCUUGCGGAACUCCUAAUCCACCCUGUUGCGUUGUCAGGUCGUCUGACACACCUCCUGUUCUAUUCCCCGUCGAUCUUGCACCACCUGGCAACAAACUUCCUCGUCCUCCCACCUCCUUAUACCGACGCGUCCAAGUUCUGGGCCCUCUUCACGGGCGCUGCACAUCGCGGAGAGGGAAUGAAUCCACGCGAAGUAUCGAUCCAGGAAGGACUUGUGGAGAGCAGGGUCAGGAAGCGCACUCUCAUACAACGGGCACUCGAAGGCUGGAAAGAGGGAAAGGAAGGUGUGGAAGCUUGUGAUUGGAGGGAUUUGGAGGGGAUGAAGCUCCUCCUAGCUGACUUAGACCCAGGGGUGCCUCAGACGUCAGGAACAGACCCGACCCAGGGGUUGUCCUUUAACCUCUCGCUCACGCCCGCCCAGGAACAGGCGAGGGGAGCAGUACCCCUCCCUUAUACGCAUGCGGGCCAGCCGGAAGAGGGGACGGGCGGGGGGCAAGCUGGGAUUCUGUACGAACCGGAUGAGGGAGAUGAUGUAGAUGAAGAAGAUCCUGAUGAGGAUUUGGAUAUCUAAUAAUGGGGAGGGAACAGCGCGCGGUGGGAGGGCAUGGAGCUGUGGAGUGGUUGCCAAGCUCGACGCCGAUGCACCCACGCACCAAAACGCCGGCAUACCCAUUGCACGCCGUACAGAGCCGAACUUCUAACCACCUACCAGGAGAAUUUCCUGCCGCACACAACUCUGUUCUGUUUGUUGGCAUUCAUCCACCUUCACGGGAAAUGAGGUUCUCGAUCUGGUAACCACACCCAAUUACGACUAUCGGAUAUCGAUAUGUAUUGCCCCGAGGCCUCGCUAUCGAAUAUCCGGAUCCCCACCUCCAAGGAAGGGUUUUCUUACGGUGGUGCCAGGGCUCGCGACACGCCUCUUCAUCUAUGGCUACAACCUCGCAUUCGCCCGUUGCUUUCCAUGAUAUCGACAACAGCUCCCUGACUAGACUCGACCACGCCAGGAAACAGGAGGAUACAUAUACAUUUCAUCGGAGCGCACAGAACAUCCGAUCGGAGCAUACAUGUCCACUUCUCAACCUAUGCUCUAUUGGUCAACAUUCCCCACCCCUUGGAAACGUGCAAAGCCAGCCUCUCACCACCGUCAACGUACUUCUGCCAGUCAGCAUCGAGUCUUCCC